CCAGUGCCCCCGCCUCCAACUGUCCCCCUCCUGCACCUUCUCCCCCAACACGCAGGCGCGUCUCCUCAAAUCCUGUUCUUACCCCGCUCCUCUUUCCCUUCAUUUUGUUCCCCCUCCUCUUCCAGUACCUCAGCAGGUUCAAACUGUUUUCCGUGAGGGUGGCGGCGAUCGCGAGGUCACGUGAUGAGCAUCCUGCUGCCCAACAUGGCGGAGUUCGACACCAUCUCGGAACUGGAGGAGGAGGAGGAGGAAGAAGCGGCAACGUCGUCGUCGUCGCCGUCGUCGUCGUCGGUAUCUGGGCCCGACGACGACGAGGAAGAUGAGGAGGAGGAGGAAGAAGAGGAGGAGGAGGCGCCGCCCCCACCUCGGGUAGUGAGCGAGGAGCAUCUGCGAAGAUAUGCCCCAGACCCUGUAUUGGUUCGCGGCGCCGGCCACAUCACUGUGUUUGGCUUGAGCAACAAGUUUGAUACUGAAUUUCCCUCAAUUCUAACAGGGAAGGUGGCCCCAGAAGAAUUUAAGACCAGCAUUGGCCGAGUGAAUGCAUGUUUGAAAAAGGCUCUUCCAGUCAAUGUGAAAUGGCUGCUGUGUGGUUGUCUCUGCUGCUGUUGCACACUGGGUUGCAGCCUGUGGCCUGUUAUUUGUCUCAGCAAAAGAACCAGAAGAUCAAUUCAGAAGUUAUUAGAAUGGGAAAAUAACAGAUUAUAUCACAAGCUUGCUUUGCACUGGAAGUUGACUAAAAGGAAAUGUGAAACUAGCAAUAUGAUGGAGUAUGUAAUACUAAUAGAAUUCUUACCAAAAUAUCCCAUAUUCCGACCUGACUGAGGAAUUUUGUUCAGUCACUUCUGUGUUACCUGUCAUUUCCUACCCUUAGUGCCUUGUAGAUGAUUUUAGAAUGAAGAUGGUCUCUUUUUGCCCUGUUCAGAUUAUUCUUUAUAAUGGUAGAAUAUUCUCCUUGCUCUUUUGUUUGUGUUAGUUUAAGAAGAAAAUUUGCACAUCUUUUUUAUGUUAAAUGAGGCUUGUGUUUUGCACAUUUAAUUUUUAAAUAAGUAUACACUGACACAUAUAUAUGCAUAUAUAUAUAUAUAUAGUUACCACUAAAGAUAAAACAUCAGUGCUGAUGUUAAAAAAAAAAAAACUUGUUCUAGCAUGCUGCCUCUUAAUUUUCAUACUAUUUCUAAUUAUGCAUCAUUUUUCUAGGCUACUUAUGCUCUGUAAUCCCUCACUGGGUAUAUUUAAAUAAGCUUUUGGUAGCUUUUAGAAAUGUUUUUGCUCUAAUCUGCUUUUAAGGAACAUUCAAAUAAGAGUACCUGUUUUGUCCUGCACUUUGCUAAAUUAUCUCUUGCGUUAAUGGAUAAAAUAUUUAAACAUCUAAAGACUUGUAAAUAUUGUCUCUGCAUAAUGUAAAAAUAUGAUAUGCCAUGGUUUACAGAAUGUAAUAUUACUUUUAAUGUAUUGCCGACAAUUCUGCAUAGAUUUUAAUAUGAAUGAUGUUUGCAAGCAUCCUUUUGAAUGUAUAGGCUGUCAACAUGCCAUUUUAUGGCAGAGCCAUAAUAAGCAUGUUAAAAAUGUCAGGUGUAGGGCAGGAUUGCCCUUUGUAACAAGUGGAUUAAAAUUGAAGUUGUUGUCUCAGAUACUCUGUGUUGCACCCGAAACCAAGAACCCCCCCCUUUUUUAAUUUAAUUCAACAAUCCCCGUUUUGUCCCCCACUCCUACCUCCAAAAGAAUUCCUUUGGCAUCUGACGUAUUUCACAGCUUUACCAUCCUUCAUUUAUUUCGCCUUAUGUAUCCUUUUUCUCAUCUGAAAAUAUACACAGGUAUGCCCUUUAAGGUGUAUUUGGAGAUUUUAAAUGUCCUAGGAGGUGCCUAUACCCCUGUGAAAGCCACUGCUAACUCCCUUUUGGAAUUCUGAUAUUCUGCUUUGGAAAAAAGCUAAUUGAGAAGCUGCACCUAAAGAAGGUAUGGUAGCUUGUUCAUAAUUGACAGAAUAUUCUAAAUCCUCUUUUGGGGAUCUUUUUUAAACAUUUGGUAUUAUUAAUGAAAGAGAGAAGACAAAUGUUUAGACAAAGGUAUUUUUACUUAUAAAUUCACCACACAUGUCCAUUUCAUUGCCGUGUGGGUAUUUCUCUUCACAGUUGAGUGAGAGUACCACACCCUUAUUCUGCUAGUAUUUAAAAUUUUAAUGUAAUUAAAGGUUUAUAUCAUGUUAAUUCACAUGCAAAUAUAUGCCUGUAUGUAGGCAUUAUUUGUAAAUCAUAGUGCUAAAAGUAAAUUAAAAGUAUCUGGGACUGAAUAAUAUUUUAUUUGUCAUCGUUUAUUUCUUUUAGUAAAACUUUUGGGCAAUAUUCAUCCCAGUGAAGGGAACAAUCAUUUCUUCAUACAAGGGCAAAACUUCUUAAGCCACUUUAAAAAUGUAUGCGUAAUUUGGAAUCCACAGUCCUUGACCAGUAAAAUAAGGGAAAAAGAGGCACUAUUUGAUUUGUAACUAUAAUUGUUUGCAAAAAAAAACUUUCCCACCUUCCUCUGUGCAACACCAUUUUCCCUAUGCCACCCAGCCAGCUAAAAUCUCUAUUAAUAUACUGUGUAUAGCUGCAAAUAUCAUGUGUCUACCUGCCAUAAAAUUGAAAGUGUAUUUUUAUAGAUGGUGGAAACCUUUGAAAUGUAUACAAGUGUCUUGUUUUACAGCUAAGAUCAGGAAAAAAUUGUAUCUGUGGUUUAUGUGCCAGCUGAUGCAUCAGAUCUAUGCUUCAAACUGUGGUAUUUUAUUAUCAAAAUUGAUUUCCAGUGUAGUACAAAAUUUCUAAUUAUCACUGAUACAAGUGUCAACCAUUAAAAUUUCAUUUUUUCUUCCUGUAAACUUAGAAUUUGGUCAUGUGGUGGUCAUAGUAACUUUUUCUACCAUGUAUAAAUCACACUUGGUUUUUGCUGAAAGAACAGCAGGAAGUGGUGAAUUGUUUCCAUUAAACAAAUAUUGAGACAGGAAUAGAUUGCAUCUGGAAGUGACAAAGUAUGAUUCAAGUAACAGUAGUAGUUGUCAUAUAAACCGUUUGACAGCGUAGGUAAACAUAAUUUUAAAACAGACUCUAAUCACUCUUAAAUAUUAUUUUAUUGUUCAUUAUGCUAGUCGGCUCAUGUUAUUUUCUUGAACUACCCAGAAAACACUCAGUUUUCUUUUUUCUCUAUUACUGCUUUUUCAAAGUAUGUUUCCUUGGAAGGGGCUGUUUACCAGUCAGAUAUUUUGGAAUGCUUUUGGGGAUUUGUAUUCCUUAAAUAAAAUUGGCAGCAGCAAAUGCUGAAAUGACAGAACACACUGUGGUAAUUAAUUCCUCCCCUUCAGGCUUUUUUUUUUUUUAAUCCUAAGCAUAGAUCAUAUUUAGAUUUUUCUUCCAUCGGUUUAGUAAAAUAUUUUUGUGAAAAUUGUUUUUAGAUUAAUGAAAGUAAUUUUGAAUUUCUUUGUCACAUAAUAUUCCUUUAUGAAGCCUGCUGUGGUAAUUUCCAGAUUAAAUAACAUGUAUUUGCCAAAGUAUAUAAAUCUCACAAGGCUUUGACCUUCAGGUUAAAAGUGUUCUCUAACUUUCUUUCCUCUUUGCAUCUCCAUCUUCAUUGCCCUUUUAAACACCUAAAUUGUGAAUAAAAUAGAAAAGGCUCAAACUCUUUUCAGCUUCACAUUUAUAGUGGUGGUUUAGGCUCCAGAGAAUAAGGACUAUGAUGCCUGAUGUGUGCCACUUCAUCUUCAUUCCAGUCUGGGUUUCACUCCUUAUUUAUAAUUUGUGUUCUAAUGCUUCUCAUUUGGCCCAAGAUUCUGGAUUAAUACAUUAGCCCAACUGGUCAUUUUUAAGCUUGUUUUGUCCAGAAAGCCAAUAGCAUGUGCAGUAUUAAUAACAAAUAUGGGCAAGUCAUUUACAGAUUUAUUAGCUUCAUCCUGGACAUGUCCUCUACUCUGUAUUCCCUCCUACGCUCUAUGUUGGAGUCACUGGGUAGCACAGAUGGUUAAGCGUUCAGCUGCUAACUGAAAGAUUGGCAGUUUGAAUCUACCCGGAGGCACCUCAGAAGAAAGCCCUGGCAGUCUACUUCUGAAAGAUCACAGCCAUUGAAAACCCUAUGGAGCACAGUUGUGCUCUGACACACAUGGGAUUGCCAUGAAUGAGAACUGACUCUGUGGCAACUGGUUUGGGUUUUGUUUACCCUCUGUGUUAACUUAGGAAAGAGACCGUUAUAGUCAAACUUUAGAAGUAGGUUAAGAGCUCGGCUGCUAACCAAAAGGGCAGCAGUUCAGAUCCACCAGCUGCUCCUUGGAAACCCUAUGGGGUAGUUCUACUCUGUCUUAUAGGGUCGCUAUGAGUCGGAAUUGACUCGACGGCAACAGGUUUUAGAAGUAGAUGGAAAAGUGCCUUGUCUUUUUUGAACAAAGAUAACAUAUCAUGCUGAAGGAAGCAGAGUGAAUAAAUUAGUAUAUUAUUAGAUUUAAAAUCAUCCUUUUCAAGUAGAUAAAAGAGUAUUACAUAGCAUAUUAUAGUUCUUUUAUUUUUAAUUAAAGCCUGUUUCCUUGUUUUCCCCCUAUCGUGAUAUAUUAGCCCUCGGCUGCUAACCAAAAGGUCUGUGGUUUGAACCCACCAGCAGCUCCUCGGAGAAAAGACCUGACGAUCUGCUUCCGUAAAGGUUACAGCCUAGAAAACCCUAUGGGACAGCUCUAGUCUGUCACAUGGGGUCACUAUGAGUCCAGAUCAAAUUGUUGGCACCUAACAUCAGUCAGUCACAUGAACUUGUAUACUUUGAAUACUAGUAAAAAUUGGAAGGAUGAUGGUGUGUUUGAAGUCCUGUUAAGAUGCACUUAUUUAUUGCACAUACUAUUCAUAGUAUUAUGACCUGUAAACACUCAGCAAACUGAAUUAAUAUUUAUUUUAAUACUCUACCAUUUUUUAAUAAGUCUACUCUUAUUUUUUCAUAAUUUAAGUUCAAUGACACUUGUAAGCCUUUGAACAAAUAGGAUUUUUUCAAAUGUAUGAGAGCUUUAAGAAAAUCAUUAGCAUCCUUAUUUUGCUUACAGAAAAUAAACUGCCACUUAAAUAAAACUUCACUACUUGAACAUAAAGUCCCCAAACACUAUUUCAUUAAGAUUUACUAUUGGACUUAGGAUAUAGAAAUCGUGCACACUGAUUAAUUGGAGCAGUUUCACAUAAUGGAAAUACUUUUUUGCUAAUUUGAUUAUAAGAUGCUCAUAUUCAUUUAAAUUAGGUCCUCUUGUGCCUAUAAAUUUCUUCUUUUAAAAAAAACUUUUGCAAGAGUUGUCACAUUGUUCAGACUCCUUAAAAUGGUGAACUGUUGGAAAAUUUUCUACAGAAAAAAAAAAAAAUAGGCUUUGCUAAUACCCGUUCAUGUAUUACAUGACUGAAAUUAAUUGAAGGAUAAACACACACACAUAUCUCAUUAACCUUAUCUUGCCCCAAAUUAUUCUUUCCUAAUUCUGAGCUGGUCUUUUUGUUUUGAUGAUGGCAACCUGAGAAUAUGGUCCAUUUUCUGUGACUAUGUCAAAUAAAUACUGUAUGAGGAAAUGAUCUAAUAUUGUGUCCAGGCAUCACUUAAAUUACUUCUCAGUAUCUUCAUCUAUAAAAUCAGAAGACAGGAAAGUACAGAUCACCUAACAUUCUGUAAUUCUGGGAAUCAUUGGGAAAUUUUUACUCUGAAAAAGAUCAGAAUGAUUAUUCUCAGAUGGACUACCCUUGGUGGAAACACUCACAGUGCCUUGCACUUAGUAAAAGUUCCAUAUUUGCCAACUGACUGCUAGCUGAUGUGUAUUCAUAUCACAGACUCAAAGAACCUGAUGUCUCCUAGACCUCAGCCUCUCCAUGGUGAUAAGAAUGAAUGUAGUUUCCUUAGGAACCAAGGACUAAAGGCUGUGGGCGUUGCCUCUAUGGAAUUUGACUAUGCGGCUACCAGCUGGUAUCCUGGCAAGAGUUAUAGCUGUGACAACAAUGGAGACACGAGAGGACCCACUUUGACAUUUAUGUGAUAAGAGUUUCAUAACCUAUCCAGCAUCUGCUUCAGUGUGUUACCUUCAAAAAGAUCUUUUGGAAAAAAAUUGAUAAUAGUAGAUGGAAAGGAAAGUGGUAUUGCAUUCAAACCCAAGUUACUUCUAGUUUAAUUCUUAGCUCUCCUGCUUGAUUCCUCUGUACCUCAUGUCUUCAUCAUUGAAGUGGGGACAAUAAUCUGGACCUACCUCACAGGGGAAUUGAGGAUUUUUUCAUAUAUUAGUGUGCUUUUGAAGUAGACUGAUAACACUGGAUAUCUAUCUUAAUGGUAUAAUUUCUAAAUAGAUUCCUUUAAAUCCAUGUUGUUUUCUUUCUCAGUCAUAACCUACAGAAUGAGUGCUGCAGUUAGUCUACUUUGUCAGUAGCAAAUUUUGUUAUUAAUUUCCUGUGUUAAACAUGGGUGAUUGUGUUAAUACUUGAUUUAGGGAGGAAGAGCAGAUGGUUCUCAAUUUGGGGCAGAUUGGAGCAUCCUUGAGCCUUUUUCAAUAUUAAAAAAAAUGUACUAGAAAUCAUAUUUACCCAUAAUAUUCCUGCUGCACAAGUCAACUAAAACAUGGAAUUUCCUGGCAUUUUGCUUAUUUAGUUUUCCAAGUUUAUCUGUUAACACUGGUUAUCGCAUGCUGAUUAGCAGCUAUGACUGGCAGUUAUGCCUUUGAUUAAUGAAAAAAAUUGAGAAAGCUUGUUAUUACAUGCAAUUUGAUAACUAAAAUACUUGAAAACAUGGAGGGGAUAAUAGUGAAACUCUUGGGAGCCACUGUAAAGGAACUAAGAUUAUCUGACCCUCCCCACAGAUUGCUUACUUUGUCCCUGAAUAAUGAAAUGCUGGAUUGUGGGGUGUGUGUGUGUAUGUAUGUCUUUUGCCUGGCUUGGGCUACAUAACUUCAGGUUAGAAUUUGCCUUCCGUUUUUUUUUUUUUUCUGUUUCAGGAUGAUAUGACUGAGCUAAUUUAUUUGGAUAUAUAUGUAUAAAUGAUAUAUACACACAUAGGAUUGCAAAUGUAAAAAGUGUUAUAAUUUCAUGUUCUAGUGUUGGACUGAAUAUCAAUUUCUGAGUCUGUUAAAAUGGUUCUGUGUAUAAACUCAACAUGAUGAGUCAAGGCAAUAAUUUCUCAAAUGUUACUGUUAUUCUUGCUUGUUUUUUUUUUAAUCUUGGCUUAAUUUUCCAUUUUUCUAGUAAGCAAAUAGUGUUUAAGAUUGUUUUAAUGCCUGGACUUUGAAACAAGUUACAAAUAUUUGAAACGAUAUGAUCUACAAGCUAAUUUAUCACCCUUGGACUAACCACAGACAAAUACGAGUCUUGGCUGCAAGAACAGGAAAUCCACAUAGCUAGAAAGUGGGCAUUAAUCAAAAUAUCUAAUUGAAAAGUCUAGGAUUUUUAUUUUUUGGCAGAGGAUUCCUGUUGGGACAGCUUUACCAGAAAAAGAAUAGUGGACCUGUCCAUCCAAAGCAAGAACAUUCAUGCAUCUUGUAUUAUUACGUAGCCUGUGGAAUGAAUUCAUUUUUCUCCCUUGAGUACUGGAGUGACUCCUCUGAGAGAACUCAGCCUAUAUACAGCUGUGCCAAAAUGAAGGACACCUGCCUCUCUGAAACUUUCACUGCUGCUUCUGUCAUUGUUCACUUGUCAGAUAUAAAGUUUUAUUAUCUCAGGAUGCAAAAUUAAAAUAAAGUGGAAAUCGAUGUUAAUGAAGUAAAGUGUGUUUCUUUGGUGCAUCUUCCUUCCCUUCUCUGUUUUUCUCAUUAUAAGGUGAAUACUUAAGGUUUCCUUUUAAAAAUUGUAUAUUGCAUAUUGUCCUUUCCCACAUUUGCUACUAUUAUGCCUGACCCUGUAAGUAAUUCACGCUAUAUGUUGGCUUUGGGGGACUUUGUUGUGCCCAAUGUUUGGCAUUUGGCUAAGUAGGAAGUUGGUUCUAAGCGACUUUGCAUUCAGCUCUGCAUGCCUACAUGUGAACUAUAAAAUUAAAAAUAAAGUUCAAGUAGCCGAGGGCAGUUGUACCUUACUAAGCAUACAUUUUUAGUGCAAGAACUUGUUGAAAUGUAAAGCUACUUGACAAGUUUUGACUCUGUCAGAAGACUGUAAGAAAUUCAAGUGUUGACAUCUUCUACUUGACUUACUGCUCAAGUUGAUUAAAUUUUUAAAUGUCAAGUUUUUAAAAUUCAAAAAAGCAUAACAAGAAAAGCUACUUAAUGUUUUCCAGCAUGGCACCAACUAAGCGGUAACUCUGAGAUAUCAGACAGCUGUCAAGGAGUGGGCCUAGAAAUUUAACUUUUCACUGACUAUGUAUUUUUUUCCCCUUUUCAUUACAUUUUCAUAGGAGGCUGUGACUACAAUAUCUUAUCCAUACCUUAUAUUUCAUGGUCAUUAUCAUGUUUGAUGAAUGCAGAAUAUUCGUUCAGUUGAGCCUUAAUUGCUUCAUCUGAAAAAAAAAGGUGUAUUGGCAAAGAAAUGGAGUUUGGACAAAAUGAUCUCAUAGAUUAUAGUUCCUGUAUUCUGUAAUGAUAGGAUUUAAACAUUUCUGCAUUGAGGACUUUUGGACAAUUCCCAGGUUUCUACUAACAGAAGUAUCAAUGGCUUUGUACAAAUACCUUUUACUUGGUUCACAAUUAUUUCCUUAGAGUAGAUCCCAUAAAUGGGAUUGCUAGGUUAAAGUGCAGUCUGACUUUUUCAUGUCUUGAUGCAUAUUGCCAAAUUGCUCUCCAUUAAGAUUUACAUUGCUAAUUAUAUCACUAUUCGCAAUGCGUGUUUCUGCUUCUUGGCAAUGUUGGGCUCCUUUUUUAUUAACUUAAGAGAAGUAAAAUGUAUCUAAUAAUGAAUUUAGUCUGCCUUUAUUUGUAGUGAGGCUGAAUUUCUUUCACGUAUGGUUUACAGUUUGCAGACAGUAUAGCAUAAUUGUGAAGAUAAUGGGUUUUGGUGUUAGACCUGAAUUAAGCCACUUAGUAGCUCUUCGACUUAAGAAGCCUUGAUGAUGCAGUAAUUAAGCACUCUGCUGCUAACUGUAAGGUUGGCAGUUCCAACCCACCAGCUGUUCUGCCAGAGUAAUAUGUGGCAGUCUGCUUCCAUAAAGAUUACAGCCUUGGGAACACUAUGAGACAGUUGUAUUCUGUCCUGUAGGGGUCG